AUGGAGUCUGCGCGGCAGAAGGCCACAUCUAUUGCGGCCCAGGAGGACGUGCCCAUGGCCAGCAAGAUGCGGGAGAUCGAGAAGCUCUACGCCAAGGCGCGCGCGUCCGCCGGCGGCAAGAAGGGCGGGAAGAAGGGCGGGAAGAAGGGCAAGGGGCCGCCGCUGGACAAGCGGAUGCGGGCGGACAAGCGGGGGUUGGACAAGAUCGCGAAGCGGACGGGCGGGAAGAAGGGCGGGAAAAAGGGCAAGGGCGGCGGCGGCGGCGGCAAGGGCAAGGGGCGCGGGAAGCGGUGA